AUGAUGAAGUCCUCUGUACAUACAGAAGAGGAUGACUUUGUUCCAGAGCUUCAGAGAAGCAUUCAUCCCCGAGAGAGGCCGGAUUGGGAAGAGACUCUCAGUGCUAUGGCGAGAGGUGCAGAUAUCCCUGAGAUUCCAGGGGAGCUGCCUCUUCGGACGUGCGGCAGCACAGCGAGCAUGAAAGUGAAGAAUGUGAAAAAAUCCAUCAACCCGGAACUGAUGGGCUGUGAUGCCUUUCACAGGUUAUCCUUUACCAAGGGCCACUUCCCGAAGAUGGCAGAGUGUGCACAUUUCCAUUAUGAGAAUGUGGACUUUGGCAACAUACAGCUUUCACUCCCGGAGGAACAGAAUGAAGUAACAAGGAACGGCUGUGAAUCCAAGGAACUGGUCUACCUUGUGCAAAUCUCUUGUCAGGGCAAGAGCUGGAUUGUGAAACGGAGUUAUGAAGAUUUCAGAGUCCUCGAUAAACAUCUCCACCUAUGUAUCUAUGAUCGGCGUUUCUCUCAGCUCUCAGAGCUACCCCGCUCCGAUGCCCUGAAGGACAGUCCAGAGCUUGUCACCCAGAUGCUGAUGGCUUACCUGUCACGGCUCUCAGCCAUCGCAGGCAACAAGAUCAACUGUGGGCCUGCCCUCACAUGGAUGGAGAUUGAUAACAAGGGGAAUCACCUGCUAGUCCAUGAAGAAUCAUCCAUUAACGUGCCUGCCAUUGCGGCUGCCCAUGUUAUUAAGAGAUACAUUGCUCAGGCAGCAGAUGAACUGUCCUUUGAGGUGGGAGACAUUGUGUCCGUUAUUGACAUGCCACCAAAGGAGCUGACCACGUGGUGGAGGGGCAAACAUGGAUUUCAGGUGGGAUUCUUUCCGAGCGAGUGUGUUGAGUUAAUUAACGACAAAGUUCCUCAAUCUAUGACCAACUCUGUGCCAAAACCAGUAUCCCCUGCCCACGGAGCCCGUCCAGCGUCUUGGAGCUACUUCCCCCCUUAUUUGGAGAUGUCUAGUGUAAAGCCAGGUUCUGCAUGUGUUACAGAGACUCUGAACCAGUCCCAGCUGAGCUCAGUGUCAAAAAAACACGGCAAGCUCAUCACUUUCCUACGAACAUUCAUGAAGUCGCGCCCAACGAAACAGAAACUGAAGCAACGCGGGAUCCUGAAAGAGAGGGUGUUUGGCUGCGACCUGGGAGAGCAUCUCCUCAACUCCGGCCAUGAUGUCCCCCAGGUCCUCAAGAGCUGCACCGAAUUCAUUGAGAAACACGGCAUUGUGGAUGGAAUAUACCGCCUGUCAGGAAUUGCGUCAAAUAUCCAGAAGCUACGCCACGAGUUUGACUCGGAGCAGAUCCCCGACUUGACUAAAGAUGUUUACAUUCAAGAUAUCCACUGCGUGGGCUCCCUCUGUAAGCUCUACUUCCGCGAGCUCCCCAACCCCCUGCUCACAUAUCAGCUGUACGAGAAGUUCUCAGAUGCUGUGUCUGCUGCUACAGAUGAAGAGCGAUUGGUUAAAAUUCAUGAUGUCAUCCAGCAACUACCCCCACCGCACUACAGGACACUGGAGUUCCUAAUGAGGCACUUGGCUCAUCUAGCUGAUUACUGCUCCAUCACAAACAUGCAUACCAAGAACUUAGCAAUUGUCUGGGCGCCAAACCUACUAAGAUCGAAACAGAUAGAGUCUGCCUGUUUCAGUGGAACAGCUGCCUUCAUGGAGGUCCGAAUCCAGUCCGUGGUGGUGGAAUUUAUCCUGAAUCACGUUGAUGUCCUCUUCAGCUCCAAACUCAGCUCAGUCAUACGAGACGGGGCAGGUCACACUUCCUUAUCACGCCCCAAAUCACUGCUCGUGUCCUCGCCCUCAACUAAGCUGCUCACCCUGGAGGAGGCACAAGCAAGGACGCAAGCCCAGAUCAACUCCCCUAUAGUGGCAGACAGUAAAUACAUUGAAGUGGGAGAAGGCCCUGCUGCAUUACAGGGGAAAUUCCACACCGUCAUAGACUUUCCAUCUGAAAGAAAAAGACCGCCCAACAAGAUGAAGAAAUCCCCUGUUGGCAGUUGGCGCUCCUUCUUCAACCUGGGAAAAUCCUCUUCUGUCUCCAAGCGGAAACUGCAGCGCAAUCCAAGUGAGCCCUCCGAAAUGAAAGCCAUAGCGCUGGCAGGUGGGAGAGGAGAUAGCGGGACCCUGCGCUCGGCUAAAAGUGAAGAGUCUCUCACUUCCCUGCAUGCUGUUGAUGGUGAAUCUAAACUGUUCCGGCCUAGAAGACCCAGGUCCAGUAGUGAUGCACUGUCUGCUUCCUUCAAUGGGGAGCUCCUGGGGACCAUGAACCGCUGCAAUUCUUAUGAUAACCUGCCCCAUGACAAUGAGAGCGAUGGGGACGAGGGGCUGAUUCAUGUUCCUGCCCUCAUCUCUCCUAGGUCAGCAGAAGAUGUUGACCUGAGCCCACCGGAUAUUGGAGUAGCUAGCCUGGAUUUUGACCCUAUGUCUUUUCAGUGCAGUCCACCCAAGGCAGAGUCCGAGUGCCUGGCUAGCAGCAUCUCUCUGUUGGAGUCCAUGGGUUUUAACAGGGACAAGCCAAGCGUAGCUAAGAAGGAUUUGGAGUCUGGUAGCCAGAGUCAGACCCCUGGCAGUGCCACAAGCUCUGAACCAGUGUCCCCCUUCCAAGAGAAAAUGAGUCCCUUCUUUACUCUGGACCUGAGCCCAACUGAGGAGAAAGAAUCCAAAACCCACUCCUUCUCGGAGAAGGUCGCCCAUGCCUUCUCACCUAAGACGGGCCGAAAGCCAAUCAAGUCUCCGCUGGUGACUAUAUCAGAGCCAGUCUCUUUGACGCUGCCCAGACAAGCAUGCGAAGGGAUGCCUAGUGCUGCGGGGAAUGCGGCUUCUCCAAACUGGAGCAAAAGCGUCAACGAAGCCACAAACAGGUCCCCAACCCAGAGGAUGUCUUUACCCCUGAAAGCCAGCGAGAUGGCAGCAGGUGAGGGAUGCCACCAAGAGGCCCAGACCCAGGUGACUGCUGCCAAGCCAGAGUUGCAAGAAGAAGGGGAGCGACCCAUGCCAAGCAGCCAGAAUAAGACUGUACCUUCUGGACACACUCAGCCAGGAGCAGUUGCCCUCGACUCCCCCCAGGAUCCUGUUCCUGUCAGUUCUGUGUCUCUUAUCCCUCCUCCUCCUCCGAAAAACGCAGCACGCAUGCUGGCCUUAGCGUUAGCUGAGUCCGCACAGCAAGCAUCUACUCAGUCCCAGAAGAAGCCAGGAGAUGCUCAUUCUGACUGUACAAAUUACAGAGAGACUGACAUUGGUAUAGCUAUAGAAAAGGUCCACCUCUCUGCUGGGGCUGCUCCAGACAAGCUCCAUCUGUAUACGAAUGUUCCUGAGAACCAAAUCCACUUCCAGAGUGGGGCACCUGGGGACCAACUCCAGAGUGGGGCACCUGUAGACCAGGACCUCACUAGGACACCUGGGGACCGCAGUCAUCUACACCGUAGUACACCUGGAAACAGGGACCAGCCCCAUCUGCAUACUGGCAUGCCUGGGGACCUGCAUAGUGGCACAAAGGUGGACUGGAAUCACUCCAACUUCCAUACUGGAACAGUGGGGGACGAGGACCACUUCCCCUCCCAUCCAGGUGGCCCUGGGGAUUGGGAGCACACUCCUCUCCAUACAGGUGCUUUGCUUGGCCGGGAACCAUCCACAACAGAUGUGCCUAUAGACAAGCCACACCUCCAUACUUGCAUAUCUAUGGAUAAGUAUCACAUCCCUGUGGAGAAGCUUCAUCUCCCUGCCAGCACAGCUGAUGACAAACUCCAGCCUCCUCCUGUAGUUGCCAGGGAGAAAACCGCCAUGGCUACAAUGACAUACAUGACAACUACCCAGACACCAGCAACUGAGAUGAGUCAUGGAACAGCAGGUCAGCACACGGCCGCUGAACCCACCGCUCAGGCAGAUGGUAUUGUCACGGCUGCUCAGCGCAUUCUUAUGACCAAUUCCCUAGCACCAUCUCAGAGACAAGCAGACCAUCAGCCAGCCAUGGGACAAGUUCCAGCCGUAGCCACCAAAGGAUCAAGUAGUUCCAACCAGGUACGAGGAGCACCGCCUCCAGAGAAGCUGCCUGAGCCUCGACUAGCGGAGCCUGCUCCAGUUUUUGUCACCGAAAGUAGCUCCGCUAUCCGAUGUACCUCGUCCACCGCUGCGUCCCACCAGGGCCAUUUGGAAAAGUCCCGAGAGAACGUCAGGGCUCCCUCUUUGCACCUGCAUUCGGAAUCGGUCCCCACGCACUCCUCCUAUGGCUUUGCGCCCCCCAUCCCGCCUGUGAGAACGCUGGAGAGUAAGAUAGCUGCAGCCAUGCACUCCAACAGUAUGGAUGCAGUGAAUACCUCCAGUUACCAUUCCUUCCUGGCUUCCUCCAUUCCGCCAUCGUCUGUGGAGGAGGCUUUGCCCCCACCGCCACCACCCAAGCACGCCUCUCUGCAGUCUGCAUAUCUGCCCCAUCCCAAGCCAGAGAGCACCCCUGAGCCGCCCAUGUCAGAGAACUAUCUGCACCACAAGCCAGCGUCCGUCCAUCAGUACAGGCCAGAGAGCGUCCCGCCGCAUCUCUCCUACCACGGCAAAUCCGACCAGCACCAAGCUUACGCCUCCAGGUCGGAAACGCCCACUUCCAUGGGCCCCCGCUACACCGCCUAUGCCAGCCAAGGGAAGAACACGUCAGUCCAUCACUCCAAGCCUCGCAGCCGCGUGGAGUACGCGUCCUCCAUGAGCCCUACCACCCUGCGGAGCACCGGGUAUGCAGAGGAGCCGCCGCCCUACCCCACCAUCCGCAGGGUGCAGUCACUGCACGUUUCCACCCCUUCCACCAUCCGUUCCGUCCCCAUUUCGCGGACAGAGGUGCCUCCCGAUGACGAGCCCGUGUACUGCCCGCGGCCCCUUUAUCAGUAUAAGCCAUGCCAGCCCCACUCAGAUUAUCACGUCACUCAGCUGCAGCCUUACUUCGAGAAUGGGCGCGUGCAUUACAGGUAUAGCCCUUAUUCCAGCUCGUCUGGCUCCUCUUAUUACCCCACAGCAGCAGACGGGGGGUUUUAUGACCUGGACCCCUACAGCACGAUGCGGCUUAGGCAUUUCCACCCCCUUCCUAGCCGAGACUUUGCAUCUUACACCUCCAGGCUGCAAAGUAAGAAUCUGUACCGCUAUCCCGGCCUGCCUGCCUAUCCUCGGGGAGGCCUGAUGAGCCACCUGGCGGGAAAAGAGCACAGCUUUAUCAGCAGAGAUGUGCCCCCAGCCCCGGACAUCAAGCACACAUACAUGUCAUGGGAUCUGGAGGACAUGGAGAAAUACCGCCUGCAGUCCAUCCGCCGGGAGAGCCGCUCACGCCAGAAAGUGAAAGGGCCAGUGAUGUCCCAGUACGACAAUGUGACUCCUCUGCUGCAGGAGGAGCUGGGGGGGCUGGACAUCAUCCACCUCCGCAGCAAAUCGGAUCCUGGGAAAACUGGUCUCCUGACUGUAGCCGAAGGGAAAGAAGGGAGGUAUCCAACCAAGGCAGCCACCCCCGAAGGGGACGAACGUUACUAUCUGCAGCACUCCGAGCCGGAGCCGGACAGAACCCAUUACCAUGGGGCCUAUGGGAAUGGGCAGUCAGAGAAGCCUUCCCUUCCCCAGAAGCAGAGCAGCAUCAGAAGUCGAAAGCUGCAAGAGCCAGGCUGCACCGCUACAGAGCACAGGGGACACCUGCAGCAGGAAGCAAGCCAUCGGCAGCCUUCGGAAUCCAAAAAUGGGCCCCCUUACCCAGACUACAGGCCAAAGGGUGGCCAGGAACCCAUGGAGCCCGUUGGUUUCCAGCACUCGAGUGGGAAGUACGUCACAGCCGGACAGGAAGCCCUGCGACCUAACCACAAGGAGGUGAAGCUGGCAGAGGACCGGCCAGACUUGGAAAGACCUCGAACCAGGCAAACAGCCCCUGCCGAGAAACACACCAGAGACUGCUAUAAUAAAGAGGAGGAGCACCACGUCCAACCCAUGGCGCCGCCUCCCAAGCCAGAACGGAGCCACAGCCUCAGAAUCCGGCAUCCGGAGAGCAUGGACAGGGACCCUGGCCUCCUGUACCCGUACCAAACCCUUGGCAAACGCCAAAGCAGUCUGACAGUGGUGUCCCAGUACGAUAAUUUGGAGGAUUACCAUACCAUGCCUCAGCACCAAAGAGGGGGCUACCUUGGAGGAGGGGCGUUCAUGCCCCCUGGCUUUCCCCAUUCACACAGUAGGACAUAUGCCACAGCAUUGGGCCAAGGGGCCUUCCUCCCUUCAGAGCUGUGUUUGCAGAGGCCGGAAACAGAGAUCCAUGCCGAGUGA